UUUCUUCUGCAUAAAAUACUACAGCGUCGAUCGUCACUCACAACCAACCAAAACACUCAACCACCAGAGCUGCAUACAACACAAAAACUUAGACCCAUUCUCAUCCUCAUUUUCAUUCACACCGUCUUCACUCACACACACUUUCUCUCUCCCACUUACUCUUCCACCGCCUCACAAACGCGAUUCCUUCAAUCAAAUCAGUGUUUAUUAGAUUCAGCUUAUUAGUUUCAAAAACACCACCACCACCUUAGCUUCCUCUGAAAAAUCGUGGACGCACAUGCUAGAUUCAAACGCGAGUUUGUAAGUGUAAUUAAUUUUCUGCGUUUGUUUCAUAUCAGAAUCAGAAACUGCUCGACGGUGGUGACGGAAGUUAUUGUUACGAAAAAUAAACGUCGGUGGUGAAGAAGAAGGAGGAAACUGGUGGUUGAUUGAUUCAUUCACACGUGAGUGAGUGCGAUUUGCGAGCGUGUAGUGUCAUAUCUUCUGUGCUGGUUAGAGUGAAAAAGGAGAAAAAACGGUUAGAGAGAUCACGUUGAUUGGGUGAACACGAGAAAGAAAAGAAAUGCCUCACAGAGCUACUUACAUUUUCCCAAGGCAGUUUCCGGAGCGAGGGUUGAAUGAAUCUCAAAAGAAGAUAUUAGAUCACGAGAAGCAAAAAGUCGUUGGCACCGUCAAAUCAUCAGAUACGACUUUUGGGGUUGAAAACGACGUCGCCGCACCGAAAAGCUCUCGACACGAGUUGUCGAGAGCUUCUAAAGCUGACGGCGACGUCCUUUUCUCCCAAAGGGCUGCGGCGGUGUCUGACCUCUUCAACACCGUCCGAGGCAAGCAUAAACAGGUUGAGGCCUUCUGCGAGUCUCUUCUCCGGGACAACAAAAGUAGUAACCGCCACCACCACCACCACCGGCCGGGACACCGCCUCAAGCUCCACCGUAACCGCCAUGAUGUUGACGACGGUGAAGCUCUUCUCCCGCCGCCGGUUCCGGUUAAGGAUUCCGUUGACCGGCAGGUCUCGCUGCCGCGGCUUUCCAGCGGGAGUAGCUUGUUCACUCUGGAUGAUGGCACGGCCACCUUUUCCAGCGAUGUCACCAAGGAUGAUACCACGUCGUCGUUUCGAGUCAUCUCCGCCGCCACCGCCGCCGCGGAAGAAGCGAGAAAUCAGGAACAACAGAAAGAAGAAAAAAAACGCGAGAAUGAAGGUUACGCGCUGAAGAACAAAGAGAGCUACAAUCUGCAAAUGGCGUUUGCGAAGAGGCUCACAUUCUUAGCCACCCUCGCCUCCGAGCCGGUGCUCACUCUCGACGCCGGGCUCGAAACGUGUGACGUUGAAUCGGUUUCGCGUCGUUUGUGGGUGACGGGGUGCUUGUCCUACACUGACAAGAUUUCUGACGGUUUCUACAACAUUUUGGGGCUGAAUCCUUACUUGUGGUUGAUGUGCAAUGAUGUGGAGGAAGAAGGGAAGUGCUUACCAACUCUGAUGGCGCUUAAGGCGGUUGAACCGAGUGAGAGUUCGAUUGAGGUGGUUCUUAUUGAUAGACGUGAGGAUUCUCGGCUUCAGGAGAUUCAUGAUAAAGCUGAACAGUUGUACUCAGCUUCUGAGAAUGCAUUGGUGCUGGUGGAGCAGCUGGGAAAACUUGUUGCUAUUUGUCUGGGGGGUUCAUUUCCGGUGGAGCAAGGAGAUCUGCAGAAGCAGUGGAAGUUGGUUAGUCAGAGGUUGAAGAACUUUCACCACUGUGUUGUGCUUCCAAUUGGUAAUGUAUCUGCGGGAAUAUGUAGGCAUCGCGCGAUUCUCUUCAAGAGAUUGGCGGAUUAUAUAGGUUUGCCGUGUCGCAUUGCUCGAGGUUGCAGGUACUGCGCUACGGAUCAUAGAUCAUCUAUCCUUGUCAAGAUUAAAGAUGACAGACAGCUCUCAAGGGAAUAUGUUGUUGAUCUGGUUGGGGAACCAGGAAACAUCACCGGGCCAGAUUCCUCAAUUAACGGAGCAUAUGCAUCUUCGAUACCUUCCCCAUUUCAAAUUUCUCAUUUGAGAGAAUCUCAAUCACCGUAUGUGGAUGGUGCAGCUUCUUCUCAAUCUAUAAGUUUAAACCACAGUUCUGUUAUUCCUGAAAGUAGCCUAUAUUCAGGUUGCGUACAGGGAAGUCAGCAAGCUAACGAAAGUGAUUCACUCAAAAUUAACAAUGGUUCCAUUUAUGCUUCAGUUGAUCAAACUUUUAGAGGUGUUUCUGAAGCUUUUAUUCCAACUUAUGAAGCAUCAUUACAUGAAUAUCCUAGGCUUGGUACAGAUUUAGUUAUAGAACAAGAAACUUCCAACAAUAAGCUCAUUGUAAAGGGAAACUUUGCAGUAAAAAGUAACUUAAAUGAUUCUGUGCUGAGCUCAUCCAGGGAGUCAGAACAGGAACAGGUUAACAAUAGACUUGAAAACCACGGUGUUGGGAAUAUCCCAAGAUACUUGAAUAUUGAACCAUCACUUGCAAUGGACUGGCUUGAGAUAUCAUGGGAUGAUUUACGAAUUAAAGAGCGUAUUGGUGCUGGAUCAUUUGGGACAGUGUAUCGCGCUGAAUGGCAUGGAUCAGAUGUUGCUGUGAAGGUUUUGACGGUUCAGAAUUUCCAUGAUGAUCAGUUGAAAGAGUUCCUUAGAGAGGUUUCCAUAAUGAAACGUGUCCGCCAUCCAAAUGUGGUGCUCUUCAUGGGUGCGGUUACAAAACAUCCCCACCUAUCUAUAGUGACAGAGUAUUUACCUAGAGGUAGUUUAUUCCGCCUGAUACAUAGGCCAGCAUCUGGUGAAAUUAUGGAUCCAAGAAGAAGAUUACGGAUGGCUUUAGACGUGGCCAAAGGGAUCAAUUAUCUCCAUAAUCUGAAGCCUCCUAUUGUACACUGGGAUCUCAAAUCCCCAAACCUGUUAGUAGAUAAAAAUUGGACUGUGAAGGUGUGCGAUUUUGGACUGUCCAGAUUUAAGGCAAACACUUUCUUAUCAUCAAAAUCCGUUGCUGGAACGCCUGAGUGGAUGGCUCCAGAAUUUCUUCGUGGAGAACCAACAAAUGAGAAGUCUGAUGUUUUCAGUUAUGGAGUUAUCCUUUGGGAACUCGUGACCCUGCAACAACCAUGGAGUGGACUUAGCCAUGCCCAGGUGGUAGGAGCAGUUGCUUUCCAGAAUAGGAGGCUUGCCAUCCCUCCAAACAUCUCCCCAGUGUUGGCCUCCCUCAUGGAAUCUUGUUGGGCUGAUGACCCAGCUGAUCGCCCAUCUUUUGCUAAAAUAGUUGAGUCGCUAAAGAAGCUGCUGAAGUCACCAGCGGACGCUUUGAAAAUGGGUUGAACAUAAGGAGUAUGCUAUCCAUGACCUGUGAUUUUUUGUAGCUGAAAUUUGUUGUUUCCCUCGUAUGAAAAUUAAUGUUAUAUUAAUAACCUUAAUUACCCUUGUUUGUCAUAUUCUCAUAUUGGUCGAACCCUUUGGUUUUUGCAACUGUAUAUCGGUUGUUUCAGGCUAACCCAUUUCACAAGGGAAAUUGAAGCCAUCUAGUCUGGUAACUUAAAAGAGGGGUUAAUAGGUGCUGUCUGUAAUCCUGGAUUGCUGAAAAGUGUACAAACUGAUAAUAGCUCAAGUUCUUCAAUUCUGUAGCUUGAGAUUUAUAGAAAAUUCAAGCACCCAAUCUGCUUUAUGA